CGGGCGCAGCGGGGCCGUUUCCCGUCGCGCGGUGAUGACGCCUCUGUAGCAACGCGUCGCGUUGCUGGGGCGGCCAUGGCGGAGGCCCCAAUGGAGGACCAGGCCCGGCCGUGGCCGCCGCCCGCGGGCGCCUACGCGGAGGAGCGGGGGCUCUUCCAGCUCCUGCAGAACAUGCUUGAAGAGCUAUUAAUUCAUAAACCAGAUGAUCCCAUUGAGUUCAUGAUAAACCACUUAAAGCAAAACAAUGAUGAUGCUCCAAGAAUUUGUGUCCUUGGUCCCCCUGCUUCUGGGAAAACUACAGUUGCAAUGUGGCUUUGUAAACAUUUCAAUGCCAUACGUGUCUCUCAGGAGACUUUGUUAUUCAAGGAAGUAUUAAUGCAGACAGAGGAAGCAAAGGCAUAUAAAGAAAGAAACCAGAAAAUUCCCAACGCGCUUUGGGCCAAUCUGAUCCAGGAACGUCUGUCAAACGUGGACUGCAUCAAACAAGGAUGGAUUUUGGAAGGCUUCCCUGAAAAUCAGGAACAGGCAUGGAUGCUGCAAUCAUCUGGCAUUUUUCCUAGGCAUGUUGUUAUGCUCUAUGCCCCAGACACUGUGCUGAUUGAGAGGAGUGGUGGGAAAAGGCUUGAUCCCCUGACACAAGAGGUUUUCCACACAACCUUUGACUGGCCCAGUGACCCCCUGGUGCAGGAGAGGUUGGUGAAACCAGAAGAUCUCUCUGAGCAGGAAGUGUCCAAGAAUCUGCUGGAAUAUCACAGAAACUUCCCAGAUAUUUUCCACAUCUACCAGAAAGUUCUGAAAUCCAUCAAUGCAGACCAGCCCUCCGUGGAUGUUCUCUCCCAGGCUCUUGCCUUUGUCCAAACCCGGCACCGCUCUGCUGCCCCCUUCACUCCCCGGAUUCUCUUUUUUGGCCCCCCAGGCAGUGGGAAGAGCCUGCAGGCAGAGCUAAUAGCUCAGAAAUAUGAUGUUGUCAACAUUUGCUGUGGGCAACUGCUAAAGGAAGCUGUUGCAGACAACACAAAACUUGGAGAACUCGUUAAGCCUUACAUUGACAAUGGAUACCCAGUGCCAGACAACCUUGUCCUGAAGCUGCUGACAGAACGCCUGAGCGCCCUGGACUGCCUGACCAAUGGCUGGGUGCUCUCUGGCUUCCCCAGGGAUGUCAAACAGGCAGAGCAGCUGCAGAAAGCACAGAUUAAUGCCAACAGGGUGUUCUUCUUUAAUCUCCCCUACGAGUCCAUCAUGGAGCGCCUGUCCCAGCGGAGGACUGAUCCUGUCACUGGGGAGAGAUACCACACCACACUCAGACCAGCUCCCACCCCAGAGAUCCAGGCCCGGCUCAGGCAGAACCCCAAAGAUGAGCAAGGAAACAUUGAGAAACGCCUGAACAUCUAUUACAGCCAUGUCAAGGCCCUGGAGGAUUUUUACCAAGAUGCCUUUUAUGUCAAUGCUGACCAAGACCCUUUUGUUAUCUUUGAGUUCAUAGAAAGUUGUAUCAUUAAGCCUCUUCCAUGUAAAAACAUUAGAAGUUUAUAAUUUGAAGGGAUGAUUUGUAGAAGAGUUGAUUUGAAUUUUUUCCCUGUAGUAUUUGCAGCCUGGUUGCUGAAGUGGCAGAUUAGCACCAGGGAAGGGGAAGUCAGGCAAGCUGUGCUAAAUGUGAAGCUCACCAAGGCUGAUUGAAGUACACAGGGUAAGAAAUUGGGCUUUAGGGGAAGUUUUUUGGCUUUUGUUUUGUGAUGCAAGAUAUCAAAUACCAUGGCUGGGGAAGUCCUGUGGUUAAUUAAAAUAUUUUUUUCUCUUUCUGAAUAGUAGUUUUGUCUUCUUCACUGUGUAAGACCCAUGAAGCCAAUUUGGAGUAUUAAAGCUGUUAGAUGUG